AUGCAGAGGAACUGCAGAGCCGGUGUCCCCCAGCCCAUGUUGGCAAAGACCAGCCCGGGAAGGGGCUUUCCCAGUCCUCCUGGCCCAGAUGUGCCCGUGGCCGCCUCACACCGGCCCGUGCCCGCAUCCACUGCUCGCCGCCAGCUGCUCCUGGGCUCCAGGAGUCUGUGUGCUCCGGCAUCCGCUCCUGGAGCCGGGAGGGCUGAUGCUCUGACACCAACAUGGCUGCGAGGCUCCGCCGGCUCCUCCGCCGCUGCUCUGCCAUCUCCCCAACGGGAACCUUCCGGCGGGGAACGUCCAUCCUGUCCUAUAUUCGCUCUCCCGCAGACAGCGGUGCUCGUCACGGAGACGGCGAAGGAGAUGGAGGGGAGUACACCCGCAUCCCGGGACGCGGGGGACCGCGACGGACCCCAGAGCUAUGUGUGUGUAGCGGGCAGGGGCGCCGGGACGGGGCGGGGGGAGCCGCAGGGUUCCUGCUCCCUCCGACAUAGCCCUGCAUCCCUGAGCCGCGGUCCCGGCCCCGCGGGAGCGCCCCGGGAUGGUUCCGCGCACAGCGGCGCCUCCGCCCGCUUGGGCAGCGCCGCAGCGCCAGCGGUGCCGCGUAACCGGGCGGCGGCGGCGGCAGCAGCGCGGCGCGGAGGGGGCGGCGGCCGCAGCAGCACGGGCGGCCCCGCACCAUCGCCGGCCCCGCAGCAUCCCCAGCCCAGCCCAACGCGGGCGGCCGCCGGCGCCGUCCCGCGGGCAGAGGCGGCAGCGCGGCCCGGCCCGUCCGUGGGGUGCCCGCCCUGCCGCUCCGCUCCGAGCCCCGCGCUCCCCGCGGCCGACGCCCUCCCGGGAGGGGCGUCCCUCCGCUGCUGCCGAUGCCGCUGCCCCCGUACCGGCGCCCCUGCCGCGCCGCGGGCUCGCCCUGCCCUGGCCGUUCGGCACCCGCCGGGCCGCCCCCCGCCGCCCCGUCCCCCGGGCCGGUACGGCGGUGCAAUGCAGAUGUGCCAGGCGCGACCCCCCCCCGCGUUACCUGGAGCCUCCGGGGACGGGCGGCGGCCGGAGCGCGUCCCCUGCGGGUGCGGCCGCGGCCGGGCCCCGGCGGGCUGCGGGCGCUGGCGGCAGGCGGGCUGCCCGCCGCUCCGCCCCGAGCCGGCGCUCACCACCCGCAUCCUACCGCGGCUCCGCGGCGGGGCUGCCCGCGGCCGGGGCGGGCAGGGCGGCCCGGGGACGGCCCCACGCGGCGGCUCGGGCGGGCGGCGGCACAUGCACACACGCGUGGGCGGGGGCGGGGGGCGCGGAGCAGCCCGCCCGCAUCAGCCCGCCGAGCCCGCCCGCAUCGUCCCGCAUCGCCCCGCACCGGGCAGCCCGCCCCACUCCGCGCCCGCCGGCGCUGACCUUGCCGUGUACCUGCGCCAGGUUAAUCCUCGCCAAGCGCUGCCGCUCCGCGCCCUGCUGCGGGAUCCUUGCGCCGGGCGCUGCGCUGGACGGUCGGACGGACGGACGGUCGGUCGGAGAGAUGGACGGACGUGGCCGGGGCGCGGGCAGCCCCGCCGCCGGGCCGGCGCCUCCCGGGUGCGGGUGCCGCUAACGCGGGGCGGCCGGUGGCAGGGCCAUGCGGCUCCGCGCCGCUCCGCGCCGGGCGCGCUCAGGCGGAGCAGCCGCGGCGGCGGGGCAGGGCGGGGAGCGCGGCGCCCGCGGCUCGGCCCUCCGCGGCGGCGGCUGCUGCGCCCAUCCUCCGCGCCGCCGGCCUCCGCGCGGCCCCGGCCCCGGCCGCGGGCAGCCGCGCCGCUCGCUGCCGCAUGGAGCAGCCGCCGCCUCCCCCGCGCCGCGCCGCGCCGGGGCGGGCUGGAGCAGCCGGGCCCUCCCCGCCCCGCCGCACGCACGGCUGAGCCGCAGCCGCCCGGCCGUCGCCGCGCAGACGUGCGGCCGAGCUGCCCCCCGCCGCGCCGGGCUCCGGGCUGCGCGCCGCCGGGCGGGACCGGCACCGGCCACCGGUAG